AUGAGCUAUAACCACCGUGCAAUUCCACUUCUUGAGUCUCAAGAUUCGCGCAAGGGUUUAUGUCUUCGCAAUUCCUCUAUCACACUGCAGGCUCUCGAAUUUAAGCGCGAACGGGGUCGCUUAGAGCCUCACUUACUCAAAAGGAUUGUGAAUUAUGCUAUUUCACACAAUGUCCAGCGGUUAGGACUUUGGUUCUAUACUGUUCUUGCACAUAUUCCACCGACGAUGUUUUCAUGUCAUACUUUAACACAUCUUAAGCUUUCUACUUACCCUAAUGGAGGUCAUGAAACAUUGUUUCCAAAAUCUUUCAAUUUGCCGGCACUAACUAGCUUGCAACUAGAGAGUUUUGGAUUUUGCCUUGGUGAUAAUGAUCGUGCUGAGCCUUUUUCGACAUUUAACAAGUUGAAUAGUUUGAUCAUUACCAAUUCUACCUUGAGUGGUGCAGGAACCCUUUGCAUAUCAAGUGCUACGCUUAUGAACUUAACUAUGUAUACUCGUUUCCGAAGAUUAGACUCAAUUGAGCUAUGUACUCCAAGUCUUUGUACGUUUGCUUUUAUCGGUAGUCCUCAGAAACUCUCCAGGAGCUAUGUUUCUUCUCUUAAACAUGUAGAUAUUGAGAUAAACAAAGUAGAGCCUCCUUUGUUUCUAUUAAACUGGCUGCAAGAGCUUCCUGAUAUAAAAUCAUUGACGGUCACUUCAACUACUCUUCAGGUUCUCUACUUAAUUCCUGAUCUGUUGAAGACUGACCUCCCUUCAUUGGGUAACUUGAAGUCAUUGAGAGUGAAAAUGGUGAAACUCUCAAGUUAAUUAGGGAUGUCAUGUUACAGAAAAUCAAGUCAAAGAAAGAAGCUGCUAAGUUACGAAAAGCAUUUAGAGAUGGAUUGAAACCAUCUUCACUCAUACCUGAUGGAAUAGUGGACUUCUUGCUUCAAAAUUCACCUUCGGCAAAAGUUGACUACAUAGAUUUCUCAAGUCUACCUCUUAGAGAAAUACAUAUAUAAUUGGUACUGAUUCAUUACCAGGAGAAUCAAUCUGGGGUGGACAAAAUCCAGGAGAAGCAUUUGAAAUUUCCCUCGUAUUGAGAGUAAGCUGAUAAAACCACAAGAACAAUUAAAGUGAAAAAUUCGACAACUUUCAUGAUACAAAAUAUUGCUGCUUACUAUAUCAGUCUGGAAAUAAGUCAGUUCUAGAAGAACACCAGUAAUAUGAUAUGAUGAUAUUUAGCUUCUAUUUAUCUUUUUUAUAUUAGAGAAAAUAAUAUAGGAAGUGAAAUUUCUUGCCGUGAAAAUGAUGGAUCCGUUAGGAUCUCUGUAGCAACUUCUAUUACAAUCUUCUCCCAUCCGACUGGAAUUGGUUGUUCUUCUGAAAAUGGAUAGCUGCCCAUCAUGGUGCACCAAUUAGUCUUUUUUAUAGACAUGUCAAAAUAAAUAUUUUACCUUUUUUUUGCGCUAA